CGCGCCGGUUGCGGACACCCGCGGCUGCCGCCGAGCGCGCCGCACGGAGCCCGGCCAGCGCCACCAGACUUGCCGCUCUCCGCAGCCGGCGCACAAUGGCUGAAAAAUCGGCAAAACCAGCAAAAAGGUUAUCCUCAGACUCAAACUCUUAUGAAGGAGCUGCGGCAGGAGAAAUAAGUGCUCUGGAAGAGGCCUUUAGAAAAUUUGCUGUCCACGGUGAUACAAGAGCCACAGGAAAAGAAAUGCAUGGGAAGAAUUGGUCAAAGCUAUGUAAGGACUGCAAUAUCAUAGAUGGGAAGAAUGUGACAACCACAGAUGUUGACAUCGUCUUCAGUAAAAUCAAGGGAAAGUCUGUAAGAACUAUUACUUUUGAGCAGUUUAAGGAAGCUCUUCAAGAACUCUCCAAGAAGCGAUUUAAAGGCAAAAGUGAUGAGGAAGCACUUCAAGAAAUGUAUAAACUAAUUGAAGGAAAAGGCCCAGGUUUAACUGGAGUAACGAAAACCGUUUCAUCUCCAACUGUUUCACGCCUUACAGAUACUUCAAAAUUCACAGGUUCUCACAAAGAGAGGUUUGAUGCCAGUGGGAAAGGAAAAGGCAGAGCUGGCCGAGAAGAUCUGGUGGAUAACUCAGGAUAUGUAUCUGGUUAUAAGCAUGCAGGCACAUAUGAUCAUAAAGUACAAGGAAACAAGUAAGGCUGAGGGUUUACAACACAGAGGGGAAUAGAGUAUACAUUUGUAAGGAUGAUGUUAUGAAUCCCACAUGUUUCAGUUAUUGUGAAUGUUGAGACUAUGUUGUCAAGAAGUUGUCUUCAGGAACUGGAACUGAUUUCAACAUCUGCUGAGCUACUUGCAGCACAAUGCCACUUCAUUACAUUCCUCAUUCAUAUAUUGGCAAAAAUAAAUAAAUAUGUAGGUAUAAAAAAGAUAUUAUUUUGUUGAGCUUUAGGGAAAAAACCCAAAUCAACAAACAGCAAAGCCAAAGUCAAGAGCAGUUAUACCACACUUUGUCAAUUGAAGCAAAAUAACUCAAACAUUCCUUGGUGUUCAGUUGCCCUGAUGAUGUCAAAGAGAACCUCUUGAAAAGAGGAUCUUUCGUAGCAGUCUUUCUGAAGAAUAUCCCAUUACUUACGCAGUUUCAUUUGACUAUUAUUUUAGGGUUUUUUUUUUUAAAUGUCUUAUAUGGAAUCUAGCACUUCUCUUAAAUAAACUAUGGGGAAGUAAGUGGUAGUAAUAUACGAGGUUCUAGCCUGUAAUUGUCAUAUACCACUUACUGAAAAACUGAAAAAAAAAGCUAUUUCUAGGACAAUAUAGGCUCUAAAGUAUUUUAUGUCAGCAGAAAGAGUUGGAAAAUUCCAGCCCUUACUUUCCUCCUGUCUAUACUUUGUGCUUUUCUUGUGUCUACUGUAGCAUGGUUCUGACUGGCUGGAUUUGGAUGGAGCUAUUGUAGUAACCUGAGAGGUGAGGAGCAAGACAUUACUAAGAAAGUAUAUUUAAGGAUUUUCAGUCUGUUUUCAAGUUUGCACUGCCUCACAUUGGAAGUGAAAAGGGCAUUAAGCUAAUAAUACUUUAAAAUAUUGUUUAUGACUUAACACUGCCAAUCAGAUUACUAUUAAAUGAAUGUUUUGCACAUAUGUUGGCACAUAGUCCCUUCAAGCUCUAACAUAUGUAAGGAAAGCUUAUGGCCCCUUGGAGUAAGGACAUAUACAAUUAAUAUCUAUGUAAUCAGGUGCAAUUUUCCCUCAGAAAAACCCCAAAUCAUUAUAACUGGGCUACAUUUUAUGGUUGAUUUGUUUGAAUCCAAGGGAUUUGAUUCUCUGUUCACUUUUGCUACCAGACUUGGGAGUGAUAGUAUUGCUGGGAAUGGCUUUCCAAUGUUACCAGGAGAGCCAGUCCCACAGGGUACAGGCAGCUAAGUGUGACCUAGCUGGGGUCCAGAAUGCCGAAAGAAAUUAAUUGGAAUUAAAAUAACUUUUUUCAAUAUUGGUUGACAAGGAGAGAAAAGGCCAUUCUAAUUUUCUGCAAGAGCUGAACAAGUACCUUGAUGUAUUACUCUCUUUUUCUAAUGUUAUGAAAGAUAGGAUGUUCAGUAUUCAAAACCAGCUCUUUGCACUUCUGCCUUGCUUUGUUUCAAAAAGAGCUUGUGCCCUGAUUUUCAUGUUCAACUCUUAAUAAAGGUUAAUAGAUGUAUUGCUCUCCCUCCACCCGUACCAGCAUCCCACUGAGAGUACAUAAACAUGGGUGAGCAGUGUGUGCUGUCAUGUGCCAUGCAGGUGAACAGUCUGUAUUUGGCCAAUGUAUGGAAAGAGAGCUCUGGUUUUCAGCCCUUAAACUGUUCAUGUUUUAUUCUGCUGACAUUGUGUGGUACCCUGUCCUGUAACUUUGUCCUCAGUGACCCUUUGAGCCCAUACAUCAGCCUAAAACCAAAACAAUAGCAAACAAAAGGAAAGGGCUUCCUUGUGGACUUGGACAUCCUUUUGUUUGUUUAUAAUUCAUUUUGAUGUUUGUUUUUAAGCGGGAGGGAAGUUUGCCAAAACACAGCACAUGCUCCUGAAGAUUUAAAUUGCUUUUCCCACGGAUGAUUUUGGUUACCUGUGAAGAGUUUAGGUGUAUGUAAAGACGUUCAGGAGGCAAAGUGUUCAGCUUUGUGAACCCUUUCCAAGAAUUACCCAGUGUUCUGGAAGAGUGAAAGGUUAUCCACUACUGUAUUGCACUGGGGACCUGCCAUACUCCAAAGUAGAAAAUAGGAUACUUGAUACCAACAGUGGCUAAAUUAUUCUGGCAUGGUAGUAAACUGUCAAAAUGUAAAGAGCCUUCUUUGUCACUGGUGCCUGGGCACCCGAAGAUGGCUCCAGGGUAGUCCUAGUUUUUCUAAUGAAUAAAAUGGCUGAGCCUACAACCCUUGAUGAAUACUUCAGCUGACUUACAUGCAAAAUCAGUGUCCCUGUUUUUCCUUUUGAUUUUAAGACUUGACUAAUAACUCACUGGUAACUGAAAAGUUCUGGACCCAGCCUCACUAAAGGGUGGUGUCCAGCCUACUGCAGAGUCCAGGAGCACACUGUUGACCUGGGUCUUUGUUGCUAGCUAUUGUCUGGCACACUGGGUGACACUUUGCCCAAAUACAGAGUCUGUAAUGCCAGAAUGUUUCCAUACAGGAGGAGUGAUUGGUUAGGAAGAUUUUAAGAUAUAAUUAGGUUUUAAGCUGUUGG